AUGUCUACUUGUGCAACGUUGGCUGUGUUGCUGGCAACGCCAGCCUUUGCGUUUCCCCUGGAGAAGCGGCUUCAACACAAGGAGGACGAGCAGAUCAAGCGGCGCAUCCUUCUGCAAUCUACCGCAGCUGAUGCCACUGCCCCGAUCGGAGUGCCGGCCCCCUCGUCCUGCUCCUGCACCUCGGUUAUGUACCCAACCACGUGCACUAUACCAGGGACCGCCACGCCUUACUGCUGGCCCAUGGGGUACAGCUGUUUCCCCGGCUCCGGUUAUGCCUGCUACAAGCAGAAUGCGGACGGCUCCUUCCCCCGUCAGCCGUCAAAUUUUGACUGCAACGACGUGGUUGAGAUCACGAUUGACACCAUCCAGUCCAAGUUUGCCUCUGGCGAACUGACGUCGCGCGCACUUGUGAAUAAGAAUGCUACAUGCAGCGGAUUGCUGAUCUGGACAACCCGAACACGUUCAAGGGACAGGACCUCAACGAUCAAAGGUCCUGAUCUUGCCCCUCUGCUUACAAUACGAGACCCACGAAAAGACCCAAGACGGCGUAUGCAACACAUUCCGUGCUGGAGAUCGACCCGAACGUGCUGGCGCUCGCGGACGAAAGGGACGCGGAGCGCGCGGCGUGCCUGCCCGACUGCAACCUCAGCAAGCUGCACGGGGUGCCCAUCGGACUCAAGGAUAAUAUCAACGCGGACGGCCUCAACGCGACGGCAGGGUCGUGGAACCUCCUCGGUUCUCACCACAAGGAGGCCACCAUCUGGGCUUUCUACAGGGGGUCCGGAAUCUCUGGCUGGAGGGCGCGGGGGGCAGGUUUACUGCCCGUACGUCCGCUACAUGCCCGCCAACGUCAGCACCUCCGUCAGCAACAUCCCGUACCUGCCGGGCAUCCCGACGGCGGUUCCCGUCAACGAGACGUUUAUUAACAUCAACAGCCCCAACAUCGUGUCCGGCAGUUCCGGCGGAUCGGCGGUGGGAACGGCCACCAACGUGAUCGCCGUCACCGUCGGCAGCGAGACGGUCGGCUCCGUCCUUGACCCCGCGCUCACUAAUGCCGUGGUCGGAUUCCGCCCCACCGGCGGAGUGAUGAGCCGGAACGGAAUCGUGCCCCUUUCAAGCACGCAGGACACGGCAGGGCCCCUCUGCCGCACCGUGGCAGACUGCCUGUACAUGUUCGACGCGAUGGCGUUCGACGACCUGGCGGAUCCGGUCCAUUCCGGCGCCGUUCCGUGGCUUCCGCCCUACACCCGACCGGAAGGCGGAUACCUGCCGUACCUCAAGAGCGACGGCCUUGCAGGCAAGAAGAUUGCGGUCUUCCGGCCGCCUUUCGCCAACGGCAGUGACGUGUACCCCCCGGGCCUUCGCUUCGACGGAACGGCAGCCGAGAUGUACGCAGCACUGCCGGACAUGCUUAGGUCCCGCGGCGCGACCGUCGACGUGCUCGACCCCAGCUUCAACUUCCUCAGCCUGAGGGGAUCAGUGCUCGCGCAGGAUUUCAAGGUCGACAUAAACACCUACCUCUCGCAGCUAACCUGGGAUUCAGACACCACACCGCUAUUCUCUCUCGGUGACCUCAUCGCCUAUAACAAGAAGUACUACGACCUGGAGUUCCAGGGCGGCACGUGCUGCCGCGGCGAUCCGGCAUAUGCCCUCUUCUACCAGCAGAGCUGGGAGUCGGCGCAGGCGACCGGGGAUAAAAGGGACGCGGCUUACAUCAGCGCCAAGAUGAACUUCACACUUAUCGCCCAGAACAUCACCGACUGGUUCACAUCCAACGGCUACGAUGCCAUCGCGGCGGCCGGAAACCUCAUCGGCGUCUUCGCACGGGUCAACUUCCCGGGUAUUUCCAUUCCCUGCCCGCUGGGGACGAACGCCAUGGGUGUCCCCAUCGGCCUCCAGUUCCACUCGUACCUGUAUAAGGAGGGCUACAUCUUCUCCAUCGCGUAUGACGUGGAGCAAAACUUAUGCGGCAACUCAGGCCGCCCGUUGCCUACGUUCUGUAACGGGCAGUCGUGCUAAGCCUUGGAGAGUAGUAGUUUGAUGUGCAGCGAGGCGAAAGAACAGCGACCAAUGCAACGCCUUGGCGACUUCAACGGUCUGAGAGCUUAAGUUAUUGCUAAAUCUGUUAUGAAGUUACCAGUCAAAAGCCGGACGACUUGCACGACAUAUUUGGCACUCGAACCGGCCGAGGAAUAUGGUUCACCGAGUCCUGAACCCACGUAGUCACUCUGACCGACUGGAAUUCACUAGCAGCUAGGAUCUGUCUGGCGUGCGUGCCAUUUUGCAUCCAAGAUUCUGUCUCAGUG